CCCGCCCCCUCUCCACGGUUAUCGCGUGGUGUGCAGCGAGAGUCCCGCUACUAGGCACGUGAAGGCCGGAAGUUAUGCUCUCCUCCUCCACGCCGCAUACAGGGAUCGUUCCGUAUAGCGCGGCGUACGCCGGGAAAUGUAGUUCCAAGAGCAGCCUCACGGAGAUUCCACUAAGCGACAUGGCGGACAGGAGGCGGCGUAGGAGACGUGUGUCUCAGGAUAGCGAAGAAGAAGAGGAGUCCGGGAGUGAGAGCCCCGGCUCUGUGGAGCAGCCAGCCCCGCCUGCCAGAGUUGAGAGCCGGGAGCCAGUGGCCAGAAGAGCGGAGCCAGCCAGGGAUGGGAAGGAGUCUGAAUGUGAAAGCGAAGACGGUAUUGAAGGAGAUGCUGUGCUGUCGGACUAUGAGAGUGCUGAGGAAUCUGAAGAAGAGGAUGCUCAUUACAGUGAGGAUGAGUCCCUAAAAGCCACUCUUAAACCAGAAAACAAUGCCAGUGAAACCCCAACAACAAAAGAAGAAAAGCUGAAAACAAAGGGCUCAGUGACAGGGGAACGUCAGAGCGGAGAUGGGCAGGAGAGCACAGAGCCAGAUGAGAUCAAGGCCUCCAAGAAAUCUCAAAAGCAUCUGGAUGAUGAUGAGGACCGAAAAAAUCCAGCUUAUAUCCCUCGCAAGGGGCUGUUCUUUGAGCAUGAUUUACGUGGACACACAAAUGACGAGGAAGUCAGGCCAAAAGGUCGUCAUCCACGCAAGCUGUGGAAAGAUGAGGGACGGUGGGCGCAUGACCGGUUUCGGGAGGACGAGCAAGCCCCUAAAUCUCGUGAUGAAUUGAUAGCAAUGUACGGUUAUGACAUCCGAUCUUGUAAAAAUCCAGAAGAGAUUCGUCCAUACAGGCCUAGAAAACCAAGGUAUAGCAGCCCCUCCAGGAGGGAAGACGAAGACGAGAAACCAAACAGAUCUUCAAAUCGUUACAUGGAUUCUAGUUCUGCUCCUCCACCCCGAACCUACAGCAAUCGCAGUGCUACUGGAAACGGCAGACCUAACAUGAACAGGACAUAUUCGCGCCCAGGUGGCUACAAAGAGAGCCGUCCUGACAGCUACCCACAAGAGGACAGUGUUAUCACCUAUCCUACUUCUGAGAGAAGACACGAUCAUGGGAGUUAUAGGGGUCGAAGCAUAGAACAAGUUGUACCACCACCACCACCAAAUGAGAGUUCCCUAGAGACACCAAACAAAGCUGACCCAGCAGUUGAGAAACAAGCAGUAGAUCCAUCUCCGCCUCCUCCUGACCGACCUGUAGAGAAAAAGUCCUAUUCCAGAGCCAGAAGGAGUCGGAUUAAAGGAGGUGAAGUGGGAAAGAGCACAGAAGACAAUACAUUCCCUGAAUUACCACCACCCCCACCCCCUCAAAUACCCGCUGAAGUGGUGCCAGAGCCUUCCCCUCCAAUGUCGGUGGUGAAACCUGGUGGCUGGGAACCUCCUGUAGAGGGUGGUGUGACUGGACUAGAGCAGGACAUGUCGCAAGUUAACAUUUCAGAUCAAAGCUGGAGUCCAGGACAACCGCCAUACAUUGCUGCUCGUGGUAUUCCAAAUCACAUUCACAUGGCAGGAGGACCUCCCCAGUACAGCCGCAUGGAAGGAAUGGCCGUUCAGAGUGGGCGAGUUAAAAGGUACUCCUCUCAACGUCAGAGGCCAGUUCCAGACCCUGCUCCAAUGCACAUUAGCCUUAUGGAGGGGCAUUACUACGAUCCACUCCAGUUCCAGGGACCAAUUUAUGCUCAUGGUGACAGUACUUCCUCUAUGCCCCCUCAGGGCAUGAUUGUACAGCAAGAAAUGCACCUUCCCCAUCCAGGUUUGCACCCGCACCAGUCUCCAGCUCCAAUGUCUACCCCAAAUCUUUACCCUGCACCGGUUUCCAUCCCCACAGUACAGCCUCCUCCCCAACAGCUGUUGCCUCCCCCAUACUUCACAGCUCCCCCUAGUGUUAUAAAUUUUGGUAACCCAACCUACCCUUAUCCACCGGGAGCACUUCCCCCUCCACCGCCAGCUCAUUUAUACCCCAAUGCACAGGCACAAUCCCAGGUGUAUGGAGGGGUUACCUAUUACAACCCUGUACAACAGCAAGUUCAACUGAAGCCUUCCCCACCCCGACGUACAUCCCAACCAGUCACUAUCAAACCCCCUCCACCAGAGGAAAACAGACACUUGAAGAUGAAAGAGAAGAGCGCCUCCUGAGACUAAUAUGCAGAAACCCAUGUUUCACAACCUCCCUUCCGAGGCCAGGCUCCCAGAUUAUAGACCAGUGUUUUGUUUGUUUUAUGAAGAAAUCCCUAUGACCUAGAAUGGGUUUAUACAGGUUUUAGUGAAACCUGUUAGCUGUUACUCCCGCAGUGUAUUGCGCCAUUCACAAAUAUAAAUAAGUAAUUUUCCGUACUAUGACAGAUCGUUAAAUGUUUAAUGUUACAUAUGGGGAAACCGUUUUCUAUUGCGUGCCUCCCUUCCCUAUUGACUUUGUAAAACUUUGUCUGGAAAAUGAGUGCAAAGGAAACUGCUGCUGAAGAAAGCUAGGGAGGGGAGGUAAACUUUAGUGUUACUUUGAAAUUUUAAAGUAUCCCAAGCAUUUGAGUAUACUAAAUGUAUUCCUAGUAAGAGCAAGUUGUGAUUGCACUGCAAUUUUCCUUUUACAGAGAAACAAAGCGAAAAUGUGUAUUCUCCCUGCCAGUGUCCAUACGAGAACCCUCAAAUCUGUCUAAAACCUUUCUUACCCAUCAGAUGUCUAUGCUGGACUUUGAUGAGUGACUGUGGUGUGUUUUUUAUUUUUAUUAUUUACUCCUAUGGUGGAUGUUUUUUUUUUUGUUUUGUUUUUUAUUUCUUUUAAUAUUAGCUUGCUUACUUUUUUAUUAAAAAAGGCAGCUGUCACCUACACAUAGAAGCAGCUAUUUUGUGGCCUGUGGGGGCAUCCAUUUUGUGGACUGUACCAAACUGAGAAUUCAGGAGGUAUUUUCCCUUGGGAACCAUCAACACUUUGUAUCAAAUUAAAAUUGGUUCGGCAUACAAAAUGGCUGCCUACUUUGUGCCUCAGUAAUGUCUCAAGUUCCUAAGGAAUUGAUACGCAGCAUUCUUAUGAAUAUUGGCUUAGCCCACUAAAUGGAUGUCUCCACUGUGUGUAGGCAAUGGGUGCACUUUAAUGUCAGUUUACCACAAUUAUUACAUGUAUUAUACUGGCUAUUAACCUUGUAUACCAUUAUCAAACUCCAGCAGAAAGAUUUUUGGGGUUUGCAAGCUUAUAAUGCAUUUUAGUUAUCCUGAGAGUGUUGUUAAAAUGUGGUGAAUGAACACUGUCAAUGUAUAGGGCUUCUAUUUUUCUUCAUUUUAUUUGGAGUUUGUGCUCUUAUACGUGGCAUUAAAAAGUGACUGUGUAUACCAGAA